GUUGCAAUACGACAACGAAGUAAAAUAUGAAGAAAAGGAUAACAAUAUUUUGCUCAAAAACGAAUAUUUCGCUAACUUCUUAACGUAUAGUAUGAUAAUAUGGCUGUCACUUCGUCAAAUGCAUCCAUGUCGGUGGCUGCUCAGCUACAAGAAAAACUUUGUCUUGAUCGCACCACUUUUCUUACUCGAUUACAGAGGACCAAUAUAAAAGUCGGAGUGAUUACUUCAGUAUGCGAAAUCAUCGCAUUGUCCAUGAUUUCAGAUAUCUGUAACAAAUAAUAUAACGCAAGCUACAUGUCGUUUAUGAUUUUUUUGAAUAAUAAAAAAAGAGUCAGCUGGGGGCAUCGCUACAGAAUCUUUUGCCUGCAUCAGGGUAUGAUUCGUACGCUUAUCAGCACAGUUAUGUGUAUAAAUACUGUUUGAUGUUAAGCGACAGUGGCAGAAAUCUCAAACAUUGUCUAAACUGUCAAUGA